CCAUCUUCAUCUUUGCACAUGGCCUUGAAUUCAAUGCGUAAAAAUCACACUUUGAUACUUUCCCUCCUCUUUCUAAUUUCCUCUCUAUGUCUGGCAUAUGUCUUUAAAACCCUAAUGAAACCAGAUGGAAUCAUGUCUUAUCACCCAGCAGAAGAAGAGAAACACAGUCCUCCAAUGGCAACUGAGAUUCAUGGUGUGAAGAUUGAGAGGAAUCCUUCUGAUUCUAAGCUCACAGAACUUGGAGUUUCUACAUGGCCCAAGUAUAGAGGUGAGCCGAGCAAGAUCCCAUGGACAUUUAAAGCCACAGAGACAAUGUAUCUGCUAGAGGGGAAAGUCAAGGUUUAUGUUGAGGGGCAUGAAGAAGAGUCUUUUGAAAUUGGGGCUGGAGACUUGGUUGUGUUUCCCAAAGGGAUGAAGAUCACCUGGGAGGUGAUUGAAACUGUGAACAAGCAUUAUAGCGUGGAAAAGGAACAGAAAUUAAACCCUGAGGUUUCUUAAGUUCAACUGAUUCAGCUAUCUAUGAUUGAGUGCGUUCAAAUCUUUUGAAGUGGAUUGAUGACAUCUUCUGUUGCACAAUCUCGAUUUCAUUUUACUAUAGUUGGUAUUGUAGUUUGUUAACCCCAUGUUUGGCAUAAUUAUCAUUAUAAAAUUCAGAGUAGGUAUAUCUACUGAUGCAUGCAUUUCUUUCUAUAUAAUCUCUAUUUGUGAUCAUGGAUUCCUUUCUAAACACAACAGUGCCGGAAGCAUUAUAAACAAUUUUUUUU